CAACUCAUAGCCCGGAUUGUCUUUUCAGAAUAGAGAUUAAUGGCAACAUUAGAAAAAAUCGGGAAGGCUGCACUAAUCUUGCUAAAUGCUACAACAAAACCAGUAGCAAAACGAGCAUUAUCAUCAGCUCUAUGAGUACCACCACUUGUGAGCCACCGGCACAGUCUUAUAAAGUGCACAAUUGGCUUGUAAUGAAUGCAAUAGGAAGUGAUUGUGGAGAACUGCGGGAACGUGCUCAGAAAACAAGUGUGUUACCUUGGGUAGGAAUAGCAGCUCCUACUCUUGGAGAUUUGAAUAUUCAAGCAUUACAAUUUGAACUACAUGACAUCAGUAGUGGUUCUGAGUCCUUUGAAGAGCUCUUGUCCAAAUUGAGUGGACAGACUCAGAAAAUAGUUUUUGAAGAUAGUAAGUUUGAAGUGAGAGCUAACACUUCUGGACAGGCAUUUUGCUUUCUGCCAUUGCCUGGAGGCAUAUCUCUGCCUGUAAACCUUCAUGGAUACUUUGCCGUGGCCGACAAUAGGCGCAGUAUAAAGUGGCCAUCCCAUGACGAAAAAGGCGAGGAAGCAAAAUGGAAUGAAUUGCUUCUUCUUAAGCUAGUGUCCCCAUUGUAUGCACUCAUGUUAGCAUGUAGAAGCACUCUAGUCGAAUAUAGUGGUCCCACAUGUGAUGCAUAUGCUGCCUGGCCAAUUCAUGCAGAAGUGAAAAACCAGCAAAUAUGGGCUCAUGUACUUAACCCUGUUCUAGACCAAAUUAGAGAGCUGCCGGUGUUUUGGGCAGCAACUCAGAAUGGUGGGAAGUGGGUGACACUGAAGCAAGCAAGUUUUUUUAUUGAUGCAAAUGAUAACCCACCACAGAUUGUUUUGAGGAAACUAAAAAAUGCAGGAUACAGCAUUGUCCAUUUACCACAGAAUAUUCUUGAGACAAUGCUCUCAAAUGAUGACAUGAAAAAUAUCAUAACUAAACGUUAUAUGAAACCAAGUAUGGUUCGAAAAGCUUUAAAAAAUGAGAAUGGUCUCUUAAUUUCUGAUGAGCAAGAAGAAGUAUAUGAAAUGUUGAGAUAUAUUCUUGAUGACAAGCCUGAUCUUAUUUCACUCAGAGAUUUGGAGGUAUUACCUCUGAAUAGUUCCUCUGAAUUUGCAGCUGUAAAUGGUAAAAAAGUGUUCUUGUUUCCUCAAAAAAAUAAAGAUGCUUUAACAUUCUUGCCGGGAAUUUCUUCUUCCAUUAUAGAUGUUAAAAUACCGCUAGAUUUGCAACUAAAACUAGAAGAUAUAGCCCAACAAGAUCAGUCAAGUUUGACGUUAGUAACAGCAAGUAUUAUCUGUAGUGAUUUAUUAACCCUCUCCAUGAAAUCUUGGUAUCCAACCUUUGCUCGUAAGAGGGAGUGUUUGUGGGAGCCUGGUAGGUUACAUCACCCACCACUGCAGUGGAUUAGUGAUAUUUGGCUAUGGAUACAGACACAUAAUGCAGUCCAAGACAUUAGCAAUAUUCCUUUAGUCCCAACUGAAGUCAUUUCGGAGUCAACAAACCAAGUUACCCUAGUGUGCCUAGACUCAACUCCUGAACUUUGUACACUACCUACAAAAGGUCUUCCCUGUUCUCCAGAUGACCUCUUGUCGAUAGUCAGAAAAAUUGGUGUGAUUCACAUUCCAAAGUCUGAGUACGUAUUCAAUUGCCCUGGGACAAUGCAAUUUAUCAAACCAGUUGAUGCACACUUAAUUCUGAAGCAUGUGAGGAAAUUGCAAUCACUUUCACUCACUGAUUCAGCAAGAGACUGCUUGCGUGAGUACAUUUCCAACGAGUUACUUUCUAGCAAACUUACUCAAGACAAAGUAGGUGCGAUAAAAACCCUUAAAAUAUUCAAGGCUGGUGUUGGUGGGAGUGUUCAAAGCUAUGUUUCCCUUGCUAAUUCCAACUGUAUAUUGCCACCACAUGGCCUAUCAUUUGAGGAAACUAUUCAGUACCCAUCAAAUAUCCUUUGUGAUGGUGAUCAUUGUGUAACAGUCCUGCUUGAGAAGCUGCACAUACCUAGAAGUGAAUCAAUCGAUGAAUUUUGCAAGAAAGUUAUUCUACCUCAAGCAACAAAACAAUAUCCACUGAGCAGCAAUGAUGAACGGCUUAUUAUGUGGGUGCUGCAAUGUCCCCUCUCAAGACCAGCAUUCUUGGCUGACUUUAGCAUUAUAAAGCCAUGCACUAGUGACUCAUUACAAAAGCCAACUAACCUCUAUGAUCCACAGGAGAAUGUGUUUUGCAGACUUUAUGAUAGAGAAAAGGAUCCAGUAUUCCCAGACUCCGUGUAUGACUCAGUGUUGCAUGUUUUGAGGCAGGCUGGACUCAUUACAUGGUCCUACAUUUGUUCCGAACGUGAAAAAAUGAUAGCCUUCUUCAGACAUAGAGCACAAUCAAUAUCAUCACUUUCCAAGUCUGCAGGACUUGAAAGAAGUAAAUAUCUUCUGCAUCUGUUAUUAAACAACAAUAUUGUGUCACAUUUCUCAGAUAUCCCAUUCUUGUUUACUCAACAAGUUCCACCUGCGUGUUACCCAUCAUCACUUGAGUGGUGUGGCAAUAGCUAUCAAGAGGCUAUUUGUCCAAGAAAAGUGUGCAUCACUGAAUCGGAUGCACUGGUGGUUGGAAGUGUAGUACCUGUUGCAUCCAGUGAGUACCAGUUACAUGGGAGUUGUGAUGGAUUUCACUUAAUUUCUUCUGAAGAGAGAGUUUGCCAUUUCAACAAAGUUGUGCAGUACAAACCAAGCACAGAAGAUGAUUUGGAGAAGUACCAUAAUGUAAUCAUGAAGGUUUAUCUUUCACUUAUAAAACAAUUUACUGGAAUAUGUAAACUUCCUCUUGCCUGGAUAUGGUGGAGGAGCCGAAAAGAAUUUCUGAGACCUGACCAAUGUGUAUUUAGUCUUCCCCCAGAUAUUGGGUCACUCGAGCCUUAUCUUUUUAAUCUUUGUUCGAAUACAGACCUACAAGUGUGCGUAAAAGCCUUACUCCCAAAAGUUAACUCAGGAAUUCAACAGUCAAUGACACGUGACCAAGCAAUUUUAGUUCUUGGAAAAAUGAAGCGAGUGGAAAAGUUGACAAGUGGCGAUAUUCAAAUAUCUAUACGCAUUCUUAAUUGGCUUAAGUCUUUGGGACCCCAUACAUAUGGUGAUAUACUAGUACCUACUUCACUAAAAACACUUGUCUCAAUGUCAGAGUGCACGUAUGAUGAUCGCAACUGGAGCACAAAAGUUCAAAAAUCGAAGUAUACUUUUGUACAUGAAGACGUGUCUCCAGCACUUGCUAAGCAUUUUAAUGUUAUUCCACUCAGUCGGAAAGUAGCACCAUCGCAAAAUCUUAAACUGAAAUACACAAAGGCUGGUCAAAAAGAACCAGUCACUCGAAGAAUUAAGCGAAUAGUUGAAGACUAUGCAACAAGCAGUGACAUUUUCAAGGAGUUACUCCAAAAUGCCGAUGAUGCACAAGCAACUGAAGUAAAAUUUCUUAUUGACUGGCGAAAACACCCAACAUCUUCCCUGUUCACUGAGGAGUUGGCAAAUUGGCAAGGUCCCGCCCUGAUUGCCUACAACAAUGCCAAGUUCUCUGACCAGGAUUUUGAGCAUAUAUGUGAGCUAGCUGGGGAAACAAAGAUGAAAGAUCCACUCAAAACUGGUAGGUUUGGAGUUGGAUUCUGUGCAACUUAUCGACUAACAGAUGUGCCAAGUUUUAUAAGUCGGAGGUUCUUUACUAUGUUUGAUCCCCAUACAACCUAUCUGGGCGAUAGAGUUUCUGCUGGGGAACCUGGUAUGAGAAUAGACCUGGUAGACAACAAAGAAGAUCUAUUAAUGUAUGAAGAUCAGUUUAAGCCAUUUGAAGGAUUGUUUGGGUGUAAUGUGUUUGACUUGUUUGAAGAUGGGUUCCAAGGAACCAUAUUCAGGUUCCCAUUUCGUUCAAAUGAAACAGCAAACAAAAGCAACAUAUGUCAAGAUAUAUUAGAUGCCAAUAGUGUAAAUGAACUCAUGCAGACAGUCAAUAAGGAGGCAUCUCAUCUUUUGCUUUUUUUGAAGCACAUUCAGAAAGUUUCGCUGUACAUUUUUGAAGAGAAUGCAAACGAUAUGCAGCAAAAGUUAGAAAUAUGUAGAGAAUGUUAUUGUUCUCCAGCAUGCACAAGAGUAAGUCUCCUAAAUCCAUGUAUGCAGACUUCAAUUAAUAUUUGCCACUGUAAAAUCACUAAAGAGGGAAACGAGCCUCAUGAAGUAUCACAUUGGAUCCUAUGUUCUGCUGUCAGUCCAAGUGUAAAAGAAGAGAAACAACGUGGAUUAAUUCCAUUUGCUGAAGUUGCAAUACCAGUAAAAAGAGGUGAGGAGGGGAUGCUUUUUCCUCUAUCUGUUGUUGGUUACACCUUUUGUUUCCUACCAUUACCAAAGAAAACAGGGCUACCAUUUCACAUUAACGGCUACUUUGAAAUUGGUCGUGACCGCUCUGACCUAAAAACCUCUGAUGAUGGAAGGUUUGGUAAGGAUUGGAAUGAUGCUCUCUGCAAAGAACCCCUGACAUAUGCCUUUAUUUCUGGACUUUCUGAGCUAGCUAGAAUGUCACCACUUUCACGAACUAUUUCACUAGAGAAGAAAGAGACUUAUUUAAGAAGCUACUACAAUCUUUUAAUGCUGUCAGACAAUGCAGGCUUAAAAAGCUUCCACUCAUCCCUAACGAUUAAAUUACCACAGUCAGAGAAACUUAUAAUUUGGUCUGAUGUUGAAGGUGGCAAAUGGUUGAGGCCAAAAGACAUAGUAAUAUUAAAUUUUUCCUCCUCAGUAGAAAAAAUUUUAAAGCCUGCAAUGGAUGUUUUGCUAUACCUCAACUACAAAAUUUGUAACCUUCCUGAUCAUGUGAGUUGCUUUCUAAUCCAGCAUUUACGUAAAAGCAAAAGAAAACAGGUUUUCACAUGCCAAGAAUUUUAUACAGAAGUAAUGCUACGUUUUAUAAGUCGUAUACCAAAUGAUAUUAGAGAUGAACAUAUUACUUUCCUGUUAAAAACUUUAGACCGGCACAAAUGGAUUGCACCACUAUUACAAAAAUAUCGAUUUGUUCCAGUGGAAGGAUGCAAUGUUCUUAUCAGUCCAAAGGAAGUUAUUGAUGCAAAAAAUCCAUUAAUGAUGUCGUUAUUUGACCCUGAGGAUGGAAGAUUCCCCAAACAAUUUAUACAAGAUGAUGGUUAUUUAAUGUUAGGUUUUAAGACAACUGGGAAUGCCAGUAGAACUAUCAGUUGAAGAGAUACAAGGGAGAGCUCGCACUGUUGUUGAAAUUCCUAACAAAGCAAAAGCAUUGAAACGUGCUUGGUCAAUAGUUUCCUAUGUUCAGUCUAAACGAUACGGUAUUAAUAAACAUAAAUUGAGCAGUGCUGUAGGUGGUGUCUGUUUCUUACCAGUGGAUUGCAAACCUCAAAAUUGCCAAAUUGCUUGGUGGGAAGGCAAAAGACUGGUUGAACCAAAGAGCAUCUUCACACCACAGUGGAACAACCUUGUAUUUUCUGUAUGCCCAGUAGUUGCUCCACCUGAUGAGUAUAAGCUGAACCCUGAUAUAUUCCCUCUUUUCGGGGCAUCUGAAGAACUACCUUUGAGUCUCGUUAUAAGUCAUCUUCUAACCCUCAGUGAAGCAUCUGUGUCAUUUGAUGAAGGAGCAAUUGAAUAUGUUUCGAAGGCAGUUAAGGAGACAUACAAAUUUUUGCAUAUGAAAUUGCAAUAUAUUCCGGAGCAUAGUGUGGUUUGAUGUUAAGAAGAGAAUAGCACAAAAAGGAUUUAUUUGGCAAGGCAAUAAAUUUCUUCGAGCAGAUCAAGUUGUCAUGGUGUGGAAUAAAGACCAGUAUCCCUACUUGUGUGCUUUGUCUUCGGAAAACCACGAAUUUAAGGAGUUCUUUUCUAAGCUUGGGGUAAAAGAGCAGCCAUCUGCAGAGAGUCUUGCUGAUAUUUUGCGCCAGAUUGCUGGUACAACAGGGUUAGAUACCGGUGAACUAACCAUGCCAGUUGAAAGUGACAGGAAAAUUUCUCACAAUACCAUUGACUUCAUCGAAGAGGUUGUUAAGAAGCUAUCUCAGCUUGUUGAAAUGGACAAAAACAAACUUCCACAACAGCUGUAUCUUCCUGAUGAGUAUGGUGUGAUGCGGCCAGUAGAACACCUUGCUUGUGACAAAGUUAGUGAUAACUGGGUCCAGAGUCUUGAUUUGUUUGCUUCUCAAGCUAAAGAUGGUACACUGCAUUUUCUUAAUGAGAAUAUACCAAGAAACAGAGCCAUCAAACUAGGUGUUAAGCCUUUGUUAGACACUUUACUACAAGGUUUGGAGGACAACGAGUUCAUGAGAGGUAUUGAUUAUGGCCAACAUGAGGAUUUAUGUGAUCGAUUGAGGUCUAUUUUAAGUAAGUAUCCAUCUGAUCACAGCAUCUUGAAUGAAUUUGUACAAAAUGCAGACGAUGCUCAUGCAACAGAGAUUGUGUUUAUCCUAGACCAUAGGAAGUUCCCUUCAGAUAAGCUCUUUCCUUCCCGACAUCAAAAAUGGAAAGAUCUCCAAGAAACUCCAGCUCUUCUUAUUGUAAACAACAGCAAGUUCACGGAGGAAGACAUCCAAGGAAUUGCCAAACUUGGCAGAGGAGGUAAACAGAAUGCAUCUGAUACUAUUGGACGAUUUGGAAUUGGAUUCAAUGUCGCCUACCAUGUCACUGAUUGUCCAAGUUUCGUUACCUUCUCUGAGAAAGGUGAACCUGAAAACUUCUGUGUCUUUGAUCCAACGUGCAGUUUUGCUAAUACAACAAAACAUUUUCCUGGAAAGAGGUGGAAAAUUAGCUGCUCAAAAGUGGUUACAGAUCUUCCUGACCAGUUUCAACCGUACUUAUUAAAUGAUGUUGAAACUUUGAUGGAAGACUUAGAUAAAGCACAUGUUGUGUUUAGAUUACCACUUACAAGAAAACCUGUUUCUAUGAGCAAAAGUAGCUAUGAAUCAAGUCCUUUUCCAUAUAGAACUCAUCCGGGAGUUUUACAUUUCAAUCAACAAAAACAGACAAGACUCGGAACAACCUUUACUACUCACAAACUUAAACAACUUUUUGUUGACAUGGAAUCCUAUGCCCGUGAAACACUUUUGUUUUUAAAUCAUGUACAGAAAAUAUCGGCAGUUGAAAUUACAGAAAGUGGUCAGGUUGUUAAAUACUUCAAUACUCGUAUAAUCAUGUCACCUGAGGUUCGAGCCACGUGCACUAUGUUUGCAAAAAAUGUUAAAGAAAUUACUCAAAGACCGAGGGAGGCUGAACAGCUUUCUCUGACAUAUGAAAUGGAAAUACUCCACAAAGCAGAAGUUGAAGAAUGUCAGAAAUGGCUUGUUUGCAAACAGUUCUCGCCGGGGAACAUUGUACAGCAUGAUGAAGAAGGCUUGGAAGAUUGUAGCUCAGAAUGGAAUAAUAUGAGACCAAUUGGUGGUGUAGCUGCUGCUCUAGGAACACAGAAUAUCAAAGGGCUCUUAUUUUGUUUUCUGCCAUUGCCACUUAAGAAUAUGCUUCCGGUGCAUGUAAAUGGUCACUUCCUGAUAGAUGAUUCCCGCAAACACCUUGAACAAAAGCGUAAGGAAAGUACAAAUUGGAAUAUCUCUCUAGCAAAAAAUGUUUUAGCUCCAUGCUACGUUGACAUGCUCAUGCAUGCACAGAAAAUGACCCAAAUUGGAAAGGCGAAAGAGGAGUGGUUCUAUAAGCUGUUUCCUCCUAGUCUGAACAUCGAAGGUGAGGUUGCAAAUCUCAAACUACCACAACAAGUCUUCAAAAUUUUGCAUCAGAGAAAUCCACCAAUUUUACUUCAGAAACACCCAGACACUGCAAGUAUGAAGUGGCUAACCCUGACUGGGAAGAACAUGGGUUACUUCUUUCGAUCAUUUUUAUCCAAUGAGACAAGUCAGUUUGUAGAACCUGAUCCUGAGUUACGUUGUGCACUUAUUCAUCUUGCAAUGCCUGUUGUUACAAGUGAGGUUCCUCUAUCUCUCUAUGACAACUUUAACCAUCUUGGAAAGCAAUCUUUAGCGUAUGUUACACCAGAGCUUAUUGUUGAUCACCUGAAAAAUAGAGCGAAGAAAGCAAGAAUGAAAGAAAUCUUAACUGUAAACACUCUGCAGCUGCUUAUACAGUUCAUAAUCGAUUCAAAAGGUGUCAAAUAUGUGAAAGGGGCACUAAGUUCUGUUCCUCUCUUACUGACAUCCAACAAUCAUUUGUGGAGUGGUAAAACAAUAUUUAAAUCAAAUUAUGCCUCAUUGCUCCCACAUAGCUCAGGACACUUUAUCCUCCCGGAGCUUGAGGAAAGUCCAGUCGGGAUAUUACUAGCUGAUAAUGGUGUUAUAGUUGACCUUACAGUCGAAUUUGUACGUGACAAUAUUGAACUUUCUGAUACAAAAGUACCUGUGAAUAUUGCAAAUAUUUCGAAUGAAAAAUUUGAGCUUGUUAAAACGUUUUGGUUGUAUAUGAAAAGCUCCAUUAUUCAUGGAACUAUGAAGGAUAAUAUGGAAAAACAUUUUAAAUUCAAACCAUUGUUACCAACUGAUGAUAAACAUUUGUAUCCUAUGAGUCUCAGCUCUACAAUUGUAUCCAGAGAAAUUAAAUGGACGGAUAAUAAUAUCAGAAGUGCCUUAAAGAAGUUAGGGUAUCCCACAAUAUCAUUUGAAGCCUUGGAGUUAAGUGGGGUUGAUUAUAGAGGAUUAGUUAAUCCUUGUCUGUGUGGAAGAGAUAUUAUAGAUUGCUUCAAACUGAAAGCUCCACUCAUUCAUGAUGUAGAUCUUAGUAACUCUGAAGUCAGACGCAUUAUUGAGUCAUUAAGGGACCAUCCUGAGCUGACAAGUUUUAGUACAACACUACGAAGGUUAAAAAUCUUUAUGACAGUUAGUGGAGAAUUCAUGGCAAUGAAAGGAAAUGUACAGGUGUUUGUACUGCCUCAUGAUGUCCCAAGAGGUGGUAUUGAGUCCAUUCAAGAACACUGCAAAUCAAACUUUGUAAUAUUAGAUGCCACUGAUAAGUUAACGAUGGACUUUUACAAGCAAAUAUUAAAUAACAUCGGUGAUGAAAAAGUUAAAAUAUACAGAAAUGUCAUUUUGCCUCACCUGCAUCAACUGCUUGUGCAUUAUAUCCAAGAUCAUUUAAAACACAUUAUGUGCAAUAGUGAUCUUAGACCGUUGCAACAAGAUCUUAAACACAUCAAAUUCAUAAAGCUACCUAGUGGAGAGUUUUGUAAGAUUGGAGAACUAUGUCACGCACACAAUACUUUUUUUAUAACAUUUUGUAGCAGCAGACUACUUCCUGAUCCAUGGAGAAAUGAAAUUGAAAAGUGGUUUACCUUUUUCAGGGACUUGGGUUUCAGACAUGAAGUCAGUAAUGAAGACUGGAUUAGACAUUCAAAGGAGUAUGCAAUAAAAUCAACAAAUCUUGGAAGACAAGCAAUUAUCGCUAGGAGUGAGAUCCUUUUAACAACUUUCCUUGAAAAAUUUAAUCAGAACCACUUCAGUCCCAGUGAGUUAAAUGGAAUAUCAGCAAUACCUUUUAUCUACCCUGAUUAUCUAGAGCCUGCCCUUAUUCGAGAGAUGAAUAUGCUCUUUGAAACUAAACACCAUAUCCCAAAGCAACUUUUCUGUUUUAAAGGUUCAGUCUUAAGUUCAAAGAGCCACCUUGCUGCACUCUGCAAAAAUAUUCUCCCCUUGUGUUGUGAUAUUUUGAAGGACAAUCAUAGUCAGUGUUGCUCGUUAGGAAUUGAAAGCCCUGUAUCAGCACAAACAAUCAUAAGCAAUCUCAAAAAACUUUCUACUUCUUAUACUUGUGUACAAAUGUCUGUACAGAACAAGUCAGGGAAUACUAACUUAAUACAAAUAUUGCAUCAGCAUUUCAAAGAACUGAAUAAGUUAAAAGCCUAUCAAAAUGAUGUUAAUCAGCUAAAGGAGACACAAUGUGUUGCCAUAAGUGUCCCUGAUUCGUGGAAACGCCUUGUUCUUGUCAAGCCAUCUCAACUUGUUAGGUCAAUGCCAUCAGGAAUUGAUCUCAAACCAUUUUGGUAUCAAGUUCCUCCUGAUAUAGCUGCAUGUAAUCACCUGUUACAUGUCUUAGGUAUUCCACAAGAAAUUGGUGCCAAUCACUGUGUUGAAGUACUCCAUAACAUUUACAAACAGUUGACACAAGUGGAAAAAAACCUUUCUAGUCACAAUAAGUUUAAGAGGAUUGCAUUAUACUCUUAUAAACAGUUGGUGUGUACAUUACGAAGGGGCUCUUGUGAACAGUUACCUGAGCAAUUGUUCUUACCAAGUGAAGAUGAUGAGCUUGUUUCUCGUGAUGAAUUAGUGUUCAAUGAUGCUCCGUGGUACGCCCAGAGACUUAAUCAAAGAGAAAUGUUUAAAUUCCUGAAACUUCCCCCUCCUGACACUAAUGGAGAAAAGGUUCCACCAGAAACUUUAGGUGUAAAGAGAUUGUCAUCAUUAGUUUGUGAAGAGGUUCAUGCAAAAAUGGAGUCGGAAGAAUGGGCCUGCAACGAUGAAUCGUGCUAUGCAAAAGACCAAAGCAAGCCAAGGUGCAUUGUGGUUCACCAUAUAUUAGAGUCGCUACAGUCAAACGAGUUGAAAGAUGGGUUGCUUCGGGUGUACUAUUCUGAGCGGCGGGAGCGUCCAUCACAGCAGUUUGAACAGACUCUACAGAGACUUGAUACAGUUAGAAUCUCUUGUGUGACAUCAGAUGGGGUUCACACUGUAUUGAAAAGAGAUGAUGCUAUUAUUAAAGGAUCUGAGAGCACUGACAAGUAUUGUCUGGCUUUGGUUGGUGCAAAAAGUGUUCGACUAUUUAUAGCUCCACACAAAGAUUGGAAUGAAGGCAACUUUACACAAGACUUAUCUAAGGCUGUUAAUACCAUGUUACAAAAUGAAAUUAAAAAUGAGGUUUACCUAGCAUCAAUGUUAAGGUGCGCCCCUAAUGAAAUUGAAGCUGAACUUGACAAGCAACAGGUUGUUCGCUAUGAUCCUAACAGCAUUAAAGAAACAAAAUACCUCCAGGCAGGUGAAGUAAUGUCACUAGACCACUUAACAAUUGCUGAUUCCUUACUUAUACUCAAUUUCAGUACUGGGGAAGUUGUCCGCUAUUAUGAUGAAAUGAAAAAGACCAUAGUCACUGCUAAAGUCGUACAGAUCAGGGACUCCGUAUCUUACAAAGACACCCUUGUUACCCUCUCACUGAAGGAAAGAGCAAGUGCUGAUGAAGAAGAUCAAAGCAUAGUCCAUGUUUCUCCAGCCUGUAUCUUUAAGAUUUUGACUCCAGCCCAGCAAAUAGUGCUAUUUUCCAUUAUUCCUGGGGAGUCUGAAAUUAGAGCAACUGCAGAACCUGUUUUAUUUGCACCUAUCUCUAGUGAACCUGAAGAUUUGACCUCAGUUCUUGAGUCUAAGUUUUUUAAUGGUGUUUCGAGAGAAAUGGCUAUAAUGCGCCUCAUUGCUCAUCUUCAUUAUGUCACUAGAAAGCUAUGCAAUGAAUGUAAAGUUGUUCACUUUCUCGAAAAGCUACAUUAUUUUCUGGAAGGAGAGAACCCAUUGCAGCCAUUACAACAUUACGUCCUUUUAAUUAUUCAAAACAAUUUGCACGUCCCACUGCCAGCACAUGCAAGUCAACCUAGUAUCAUUGAAGGCUAUGCUAUUCCCUCUGAUAUUGUCUCAAUCCAAAUGAGAGAUUUCAGCCACCCUGCCAACACACAGUAUUUUGGAGGUCAUAGUGGCACAAGAGGGCAUUUUUCUGGCCCAGGUACAGGAACUCAGCAUAAUGUUGGGUUACAACAUACUACACAGACACGGGUUCAACACCAAUCACGUUUCUUGCCGCCACUGAGGAGAACAGGACAACGGUCCCAUUACAGACCUCAAAGAUAUCGUUUUCAGUACAGUUAUCAGCAAACCCAACCUCCCCCACAUCCAACAUCUGAAAGACAUGCUCAAAUUUGGCUUGACCAGGCAAAAAUGGACUACAGAGCUGCCAUGUUUAUGAUGGGGCUCACUGAACUUACUCCUGUUAUUGUUCCACCACCAGAACAAUGUGUUACUGCCCAAGCAGCACCUCUCGAGCCGCAAUUAGUCAAAUCUAAGCAAACUGCACCAGAUAAGCUCUUAAAUAAAACUUUGCCAUCAUUAGCAAGUAAUUCCAGUGAGAGUAAACAUCUUCAUGAGAACAGUGACGAGGAAGAGAAACCAGCGUUUGACUUAGAUGCAGGGGAUUUAGAGUCAAGUAACGCAAUGGACGAAAGAAAUUCGAGUGUGAGCAUUAUAAGUUCACUUCACUCAGAACGGGAAGAAGGUAGUGAUAGGGAACCAAGCAGCACAAAUUUCCCUUCAGUUGUGUGUUUCCUCUGCCAUGAGGCUGCUGAAAAGUCUGUUAAAGGAGUGAUGUACGCUUAUUGUGGUCUAAACUCAAAAUUGAUAAACUGCAGUAAUUUGAUUUCUUUACUUCAAGAAGUUAAGGUUUCAAGCCAUUUCCCCAAGGACCUGCUAAAACCAAUUGAGAGAUGUGUAAUGCAAGUAUGUGAGCAUCAAAACAGGAGUCGAUACCCAAAUUUUCAGAUUCCACCUUGUGCUCCUGCCAUAGCUUAUACCAAUGCUAAUGCUAGGGAAGCACUAAUGGCAACAAGCCAACUCCUUCACUCAUUGAUUGAAGAUCCCAAGAUAUCCCCAAUCCUAAAGGGACUAGAUGAACUCCCUGUUCCUCAGUUUGCAUCAAUGCUAAAGUCUCUAGAUGGGAGUGAUGAGUACCCUCCAUACUGGGAACCUCACCUGCCUAAUGAAAAGUUUAAGUUGUGUCUUCUGGAUGCCAACACUGACGAGUUUGAGAGUAUAGAGGAUCAUUUUCUGUCAACUAUGCCAACUGCGGAAGUGAAAAAAAUUCAUCGCAUUCAAAACCGUGUGCUCUGGCGAAAGUACCUGGACAAAAGCAGAGAAAUGAAAGACUUUGGAGGAGGUGUUCUUAAUGAAAAGCUAUUGUUCCAUGGCAGUCGUGAAAACAAACCGGAGCUGAUCUGUAAGGGUGACGCAAGCUUUGAUAUGAGAUUCAGCAAAGAUGGACUGUGGGGGCGAGGGAACUAUUUUGCUGUGAAUGCAUCAUACUCAAAUGGUUUUGCCUACAAGGAGGUUGACCUAGGCCUUAGGAAUAUGUUUGCUGCAUGGGUGCUUACUGGGCAUAGCUAUGAAAGUCCACAACAUCCUUUUAAACACCCACCAGAACGUGAUAGUAAUUUUGACGAACACAGCCAAGUUAGCAGACGAUAUGAAAGUGUUACUGGAACAACAGGUGGCAGCAGAGUCUACAUCACUUAUGACAAUACACUUGCUUAUCCAGUUUAUUUGAUCACAUAUGAUGUAUCUGACAAUUAAGUGUGUUACAAGCAUAUCAGUCUCGUAGAACUAGUUGUAAGAUGUAGCAAGGAUAAUGUAAUCUAUUGUGUUAUCAUCAGUUAUGUGCAUUAAAUUUAUAUUCACGUGAAGCAAGCUAACUACUUGCCUGACUUUUCCAAAGAUUGCAUGAAACGUG